AUGGCGCCCAAGGAACCCUACGCGGUGCACUCCCUCAGCAAGCAUGUCGAGAACACGAAGAAAGGUCUAGCCGCCAAUGCGCAGGCCAGCCGUCGCCCUGCUGGCCGCUCUGCCGCCAUCAAGAAAGAGAGCAACCCGAAUAACAUUUUUGCCAACAAUUCUGACGAUGACGACGAAGGCUCAGGAAGCGGAAGCGACAGUGAUAGUAGCGAAGAUGCUCCUGUCAGCUUCAUGGACAGGCUUGUCGCUUCCGAUGCCGCAAAAUCUACUCCUGCAAAGGCCGCUCCCGUCAAGUCUACUCCAGCUUCCCGUCGUCGCAGCAAGGAUGACGAAAUCGCCGACAGCGACGACGAGCGCAAUGCAUCCAAGAAGGCCUCUGUAAAGAAACCUUCUGCGGAGUCUGAGUCUUCUAGCAGCGAUUCCGAAUCUGAUCAAGACACCAACACGAAGACCAACGGUGCUCCUGUCAAGGCCGUCGAAAGCGAUUCAAGCUCUUCUGAGUCGGGAAGCGAAAGUGAUAGCGAUGAUGAAGAUGCGAAGGAUGCACCAGCUGCCAAGGCAUCCACCAAAAAGAAAGACGACUCCGAGUCAUCUUCUGAGGAGGAGAGCGAGGACGAAGCUGACUCCAAACCCAAGCCAGCCGUAAAUGGCACUGCUGCUACUACCACAUCUACGAGCUCUAGCGAAAGCAGCGAGGACGAGAGCGAGAGUGAGAGUGAAGAAGAGCAAGUCGCAAAGCCCGCUACCAAGACCGCUAAGACUGCUGCGAAGCCCGCCGCUCCUGAGCCCGAAAGCUCUUCCAGCGAGGAUGAGGAUUCCGACGAAGAGAUGGUCGACGAGUCAAUGCACAUCGAGGACCGUGAAGGACAAGUCGCUGUUCCCACCUUCAUGGCUCCCGAUUUUGUCCUCCGCAAGGGUGACGACGGCACAAACGGCAAGGAUGUUGCUGAGGUCUGUAACAAGGCCAACCUGGAGGGCAAGCAGUUCUGGUACUUCACAGUCCCCUCCAACGUUCCCAUCUCGGUCGUUCAAAACCUCGAAAUCCCUAUGAAUCAGUCAAGUGCAGGCAAUAAGCUGUUCUCUCACGAUGGAGAAGAUUAUGGCUUCUCUUUCGAGAGCAUUGCUCCUAGAGGCAACAUCCAGAUCAUGAUUCCCUCCGCCGAUGCCUCUCAAUACCGAUCUGCCCCUAAGCAGGUUGAUCAGAUGAUGCAGGUCAAGAAAAUUACGCAACUCGGCUCCGAUACAUCUGUUGGGCCUGCCCCCAAGCCUGCUCCUCGUGCUCAGCCCGCUGGCUUGAGGGCUCGCUACCAGCCUAUCGGUGUCAACGAGCCCAUGGUCAACGCCAGUGAUGAGGAUGUGGAGAUGGCUGAAGCUCCUGCUACAUCAACCAAGGCUUCAAAGAAGGAGAAGAAGCGCAAGGAAUCAUCGGAGAAGAAGCACAAGAAGUCGCUGACUCUCCCUGAGCGCCCCAGCUCACAGACAGUGGAGGCGCCGACCCCGGAUACCCGUAAGAACAAGCGAAAGCUUGCAGCCUCAGAAGAUGAUGCCACAGCUGUCGCCGAGCAACUCCAGCAGGAGGCUAAGUCGGCAGUUAAGAAGUCCAAAAAGCAGAAGACAGACCGAGCGGGUAGCCCUGAGUUGGGAUCCGAGUCUGUAGCCACCAAGAAGCAGACACCCGUUCUGCCUCCCUCAAUCCCUGUAGCUGGAGCAUCAACUCCCAAGCCCGCUGCUACACCCGCUACCACCAGUAAGAAGCAGAAGAAGGUCAAGGAGACGCCCGUCCCCGCGCCUCGCAUGAGCGCGGUUCCUAUUCCUUCUAUCCCUCACUCUUCGCCUCCCAAGUCUUCCCCUGCGCCUCCUGCCUCUCAACCUCCCACCUCGCCUAUCCAAGCCAAGGAGAAACGAUCCAAAAAGUCAAAGGAUAGUAAGAAGACUUCCUCAGCCAAGAAGGAAACCCCCGUACUGCCUUCUAUGCCCGGUUCUUCUUCGGAAUAG